AUGGCUAACAACUACGAAGAACCUCUCCCACCUGGUGUGCAGUGCUUACCAAAUUCUUCACCACAGUUAGUCUCUUCAAAUCAAUCGGCUCAUCAUCCUCCUCCAUCUUUCCAAAAUUUUGUUAAUGGUCACCAGCAAUAUGGUUACCCUAUUCACCCUUCUAAUGUGGCCCACACUCCUCCCUCUGGAAACUUCCAUCCACAGUAUAGUUCACCUCAACAAGCACUGUAUGCACCUCCAUUAUCUUCUCAGUUUCCCACUCCCUUCAAUGCCACUAUUGGCUCUGAAACUUCUCAGAUAACUGGAGCUUCAAAUGGAGAGCAGCAUUUGGGAAAUUCCACUGACAUCGAAACUGCAGCCCAGGAUGCUGUGCUACGUGAACAAGAUAUUGUGAUGCAGAAAGUCAUAGUUGAUCAAAGAGAAGCAAGGGCUGCAGGUGGAUCACAUGAAGAGAACUCAGACAUCUUUGCAGGACGCCAUGAUCCUAAUGCUAUAAAGGAACAUCUGUUAAAGAUAACAACAGAUCAUCGGUCUCAGAUGGCAUUAAAGCGUGGAAAACCAGCCUCUUCAGAAGGUAAUGUGGAAAUUGGGAAUGGGUAUGGAGUACCUGGUGGAGGUGCUUAUUAUGGUGCUUUAAAGCCAGACACUUUAUCAUCUGAAAGCAAUGGCAAUGAAAAACACGAAUCAGGCCAAAACAUUUCUGAACAACCUAAUGAUUUGCCUGAGUUCCUCAAGCAAAAGCUGAAAGCUAGGGGAAUUCUAAAAGACGAGUCUGAUAAUAAGUUGAAUAAUCAAGUCAAGCAAUCACCUGAAGUCAUGGCACCUUCUACAUUGCCACCAGGAUGGAUUGAAUCUAGGGACCCCACAAGUGGCUGUGUCUUUUAUUACAAUGAAAAGUCUGGAAAAAGUCAAUGGGAAAAACCUGUUGGAACAUCCUUAAACUCACAGCCAGCAUCACCUUCUUUCCUUCUAGAAGAUUGGCAAGAGGUACUUGAUGAGACAAGUGGUUGUAAAUAUUACUACAACUCAAAAACCAACGUAUCACAGUGGGAACACCCACAGAAGAAAGCAGCAGCAGCCUUGAGUCAACAAGUCAACGUGGUGGAGUCAGUAGAUAUAAAGAAAUGCUGCGGAUGUGGUGGGUGGGGGGUAGGGCUUGUACAGUCAUGGGGGUAUUGUUGUCAUUGCACACGGGUUCUCAACCUUCCGGAAUCUCAAUACCUGUCUAUGAUUGCAGCAAGUCAACAUCAAGCUUCCAAUGAUGCAACUAAGUCAAGGAAACCCCCUUCAGGAAAAGGGAAUAAAAAAGAGGGAAAGAAACGUGGUUUUGCUGAGGAUGAUGAGGUGGAUCCUAUGGAUCCAAGUGCAUAUUCAGAUGCCCCUCGUGGUGGCUGGGUGGUUGGGCUGAAAGGAGUACAGCCACGAGCUGCAGAUACAACUGCAACGGGGCCUCUGUUUCAGCAGCGACCUUAUCCAUCACCAGGUGCUGUGUUAAGGAAAAAUGCAGAAAUAGCUUCACAGAGGAAGAAACCGGGUUCUAAUUAUGCACCAAUAUCCAAAAGAGGAGAUGGGAGUGACGGCCUUGGAGAUGCUGAUUGAAAAAUAAAUUUAACUUUUUUUUUUUAUUGUAAAAUUCAAUUUUGCAACUUUAUUUUUAUGAGUUUUGGGUUUUUAGUUUUUUAAACUGGUUGGUUCUUUUAGCUUCAAUCCAUAGAUAUACUUGUACAUCAACUGUAUUUUUCAAUAGGUUGUAUUGUGUUUGACAUAAUAGGCGA